GCUCGGCCCCCAGCCAAGUCCAGCUUCAGCACGCUAGACGGCGGUUAGGGACACUGGGACAGAACCCAAAUCUUUCCUCCUAACGACGAGCCUAUCUCGACAUUGCCAGAGAUCUCGCGGGCGACGCUCAUGAUCGCGAACCUCUUUCGCCAUAUCCAUCCUGUAUGUCUUGUCCGAUUUCCUGCGACCCAGUUCAAGCACCUAGCACAUGUCGCUUGGGCCUUGGGCCGCGCUUAAAUUGACCUCCUAGCCUAGCUCCUGGCCAAGACCUCACGCUGACGGACCUUGACUAUCAGAACAUUCCUAUUCCACGACCGACAUUGACGAGCACGACGCGAUUUUUUUGAGAUUUUCAACGGCUCUGCGCGGCCUUGCUUUGGCAUCGCCUCUCCCAGAGCCCUUCGCCACGGCAGUGUCUCCGAUCGCCCCCGACCACCGACGCACCUUCCCGACGUCAAUACAGUGAUCAGUCCUUCUCAUGACUGCAGUCGCGAGCUCUCGGACGUUGGCCCCGAUAUCACUACCAGCAUGGGGCUCUACUGACGGCAACAACCCGAUGAACCCUGACGACGUGAGAGGCACAUUCGUGCCGCGCAAAGCUCCAUCACGCUCCAACUCGUCUUCAUCGCUCUCAUCCAACACCUCUGCCUCGUCCGCAUCCACAGCCUUGACGAGCGCGUCCCAGCCGUCUGGCACAUCCAUCUCCACCAACUCCGACCAAAGUCAGUGGGCGGCCAACAGCGCGUCUCGGAAACGGCCCCGAACACAACCCUGGCCGCCGAACAAAGGUGACGUGCAGCCGGAUUUCUCCAGAUUGCCCUCGGGGAGGUCCAACGGUAUGCUCGCCGCGCAGCAACAACAGCAGCAGCAGCAGCAGCAGCAUGGAGGUCCCUUGCAACAGAAUGCGUCCGGCUUGCUUCAGCUCACACCUGAAAGCAUGAUGCCGAGGCCUCUGACCACGAACCAGCUGCCACCGGGUCAGCCUGUACUUUACUUGUUGUCACUCAACGGCACCUUUGAGCGCAAGACGAUCGGUGUGCCUUUUGCACCAGACACACUUCGUAUUGGACGGCAGACCAACCAGAAGACUAUACCUACAGCGUUCAACGGCUUCUUCGACAGUAAGGUGCUCUCACGGCAGCACGCUGAAGUUUACGCAGAACGGAACGGCAAGAUCUACAUUCGCGAUGUCAAGUCUUCAAAUGGCACCUUUGUCAAUGGCACGCGUUUGUCGCAGGAGAACCGUGAGUCGGAGCCGCACGAGCUCCAGACGGGCGAUCAUCUUGAACUCGGUAUCGAUAUUGUUAGUGAGGAUCAGAAGACUGUGGUUCAUCACAAGGUCGCCGCCAAGGUGGAGCACUCUGGGUUCAUGAGCGCGUCGAACAAUGUGCUUGACAUGAACUUUGGAGACCUGGAUCCAGCGAACAGCGCCAUGAUGGCACAACCAGGUGCGCAGUCGCGGGGACGCCAAGGAGGCAAUGCACCCAUGGUCAACACCGGCCGGAUGGCGCCCAAUCCGCAGGCCGUGAGCGCGCAGGCCAAUAUGCCUCAGCAUCGACCGUUCUUCCUCUCACCCAUCGCAACAGACCAGAUUCUGAAGCGUCUUGCGAAUGAAAUGAGAGGAGCGAGGCUACAGGCGCAGGACCUGAACAGGACCAACCAGUUUGUCAGCACACUCUUAUCGAAGAACGACGUCAAGGACUUGGAGAAACCGGAGGCCGCUGAGCCCCCAAAGGCGCAUCUGGUGAACGGUCUUCCAUUUCGACCAGAACCCAAGUCACGGUUCUCCGAACCACCUGCGCCGCCACCCCAGCAACCACUACCCGAGAAGCCGAGCGCGCCCUCCUUGAAGCGUGGGGUCACGGAGCGCUCAAAGUCAGGACCUGAGGCAAACUCCCCGAUCAGGCAGGAGAACGUGUCACAGAUUAUCCAACUUACCGAAGCACUGAACAAUGCGAAGCGGGACAUGGACACUCAGACAGCGCGCAUGAAGGAGUUGGAAACGAUGCUGCAGAAAGAACGUGAGGCACGCGAAUUGGCCGAGAGCCUGGCCAGGCGCCUCGAAGAUUCCGCGAACACCCAUCUCAACGGCUCAGUGGUGGAGCCUACGCUUUCAAUGGACAAAUCUCUUGAGCCUCCGGCCCACGAUGAGCCUAGCGUCGAAAUCGAGGCCAGCACGGCCGCCAACAACGAGGGUGCUGAAGCCAACGCGGCCGCGGCCGCGUUGCAAGAACGCAUCGACACGAUGGAUGGCCAAAUGAAGAGUAUGCAGGAGCAAGUCGCUCACUGGAAGGGGCGUUGCGAGGCCGCUGAAUCCGCACGGGACGCGGAUCGCAAGAGCUUGGCUGAGAUGGUGCUUCAACUACGUGCAGAAGAGGCUCGGCGAGCGGCGGACCAGGAGGAAAAGCGCUCGAGGUCGCGCAAGAGGGCGGCCGAGGUGCAGACCUCCCACGAGACGAACGCCGAGGCAGCAUCAGCAUCCGCAGAGACGACAUAUGUGGCUCAGUCGGAUGGGGCUGUAGGCGAGGGUGAUGCCCCGACACUUUCCAGGGCCACCACGAUCACGCCCAUGAACACCUCCAAGACCGCACCCGACAGUCCUCUGCAGGCCAGUUUACCGUACGCCUCUGCGCUGGGCGUUGUACUCAUAGGGAUGGGUCUCAUGGCAUACAUCAAUGGCUGGCAGGCACCACCACCGAGCAUAGAGCGAUGAGCAUCUUUUUUUGUUUCCGAACAUUUUACCUCUUACUAUCCCUCGACGACGAGAUGGACACGACAUGCGACAUGCCGACCCGCGACUAUAUCUUCCCUUUGUAUGGACACAAUUCUACCUGUGUUUACCCUUCUUCUUGGGAUG